AUGAAGCUUUUCCUUCGUUAUUUCGUUUCUGUUCUUCUAUUUCUUAAACUUUCCAAUUGCCAACAAGAAGAAUAUGUGAGCAUUUUCCCACCGGACAUGUGGCAUCAUCACGUCCAUAAUCCUUACUAUACAUAUUACAAUGGAAAUCCUCAUAAUGGUGGACACGUUGUGGAUCAUCGAAAUGAGCGAAAAGAAGUGCUAUUUCCACCGGCGCCCGAACUGGUUCCUCCUUCAUUAUCACCGUCAAAAUUGAAGUUGAACGACAUAUCGCCACCUCCAGUUCCACCGGUAUUCGCUCCGAAACCGAAUGGAUCUGCAUCAUUAUUAUUCGAUUGUCCUUCGUCUCCUCCGCCACAAUUUAGAAAGUCGAAAGCGCCGCCGGAUCCGUUCGUUGACACGUCGUCACCGCCGCCAAAGUUGAAAUCGAAUUACUUACGACUGAUAUCAAGAACUUCGGGAGCCGAUGGUUUAAUAUCUACAUUUUCAUGUGGAGCGGGAGACGGUGGAAUCACGACAUCCGGUUGUUCUUCUGUUUCCAUCGGUGGAUUUGCAGCUACUGGAGCAGGCUUUGUAGCCACUGAAUACGAUUUUGUUACUACGGGAGCCGGCUUUGCAGUAAUUGGAGCUGGUUUCGUUACUACUGGAGUUGGCUUCGCUACUACAGGAGCUGGUUUUGCUACUACUGGAGCCACCUUCGACACCGCUGGAGUAGGCUUUGGAACGACCACAGGGGUCGGUGUCGUUUCAACUGGGACAGGCGGCAUUUCGGUACUUCCAUCGCGUGAAUUUUCACUGUGA